CCAUCUUUGGUUUGAAAGCAGAUGUAAACAAAUGUAAAUGGUAACGCAUUUCUCGGAAUUACAGAAAAAUAAAUAUGGCUGCUCAUAUGGAUAGGAUAAAACUACUGGUUGUUGGCGAUCCAGGUGUUGGCAAAUCAGCAUUUGUAAAUGGGAUUGUGUCUCAAGCUCCUUCUCCCAAUCCAUCCUCUACAAUUGGUUGCAACGUAGAAGUUCUAGCCUUUUCAUACACUGGUAGACAGGGUCAUCAAAGAGAUGUUUUUCUUGAAUUUUGGGAAGUUGGAGGAUCAUCUGGACAGCGCAACAGCAGAAAUAUAUUUUAUUCUAAUGCUAAUGGUCUUAUAUUAGUUCACGACCUUUCAAACAGAAAAUCAUUUUUGAAUCUAACUAAAUGGCUUCGCGAAGUGUUGAAUUCUGGAAGACAAGAAUUAACAGGUAUUAGUGUAACUGGUCGAGAUAAGAGCAGCGAUGAGAGUGUUUCACACACACACAACACAGGAAGCAUCCCUGUUCUUGUGCUGGGAACCAAGGAGGAUCAAUCAGGAGAUGUCACAAGUAACAGAAGUGCGCGCUAUAUUGGAUUGACUGAAGAAAGUGAUGUUUUCUUUUGUGAUAUGAAUUGUCUUCAGCAAAGUCAGCUACUUCCUACUAGCAGUAAAUGGAAUACGAUAAAUACAUUUUUAGAGAAGGUAAUCGAAACAAGAUUUUAUCCAAGCGGAAGAAACCUCACUCAGGAAAGUGAGUUUUGGCGUGGACGAAAGAAAGUGUUCUGAUGUCAUGCAUCAGCGAUAUGGUGGAAUGUAAACAAACAUGGUAGCGUACGCAAAGAAAUAACAAUUAUCGUUGCGGCGUACCUCGGAAGUGCGGAAACUUGAAAAUUCUGUUUCGUAUCACGUAGUUUCGUAUCACGUAGUUUGACCUUCACAAAAUCUAUAUGAUAUUUUUAGAAAGAUGUCAUUUUUUCCACA